AUGGCGACGCGCAUGAGCGAGAUUGGAAUGUCGGCUAAGCGAUUUAGCGAAGUUGGCAUGCGUCACAGCGCUGCCAAUAUACAGAUGAUGGCAGACUCAGUGGCGAACAAGGCGCACAACAUCGUUAACGUCUUCUCGCGCAAUAGCAGCCGUAUGCGCACGCGACAGACGUUAAAAUCAAUUCCAACGUCAAAAGCGGAGGAUGAGCUCUCGCCCAUGUCGCAGGUGAUGGAGCUGCCAGAACCUGAAGCUGAGGUGCCCAAAGCCGAGAAAUUGUCCGACAAGUUAACUAAUGAAAAGAAUAACGAGGUAGAAAAUGACGAUCAGAAGGAGUUGCCACCUCUGUUUCCAUGGGAGUUUGUCACAGAAGACGGCAAGACCAAGGAAAGUAUUGCUGUAAAAGAAAAGAUAUUGGAACUUGCCAUAUACCGUCGUACAUUCGUUGAGCCUGCUGACGGAGACGAAGAAUACGUAUUUGACUACAACACGUUAAAGGUUGUGGCAAAAGAGCUGCUUCUGAGUAAUCCAAAUUUGCGCGAGAAGCGAGAGACGCUGGUGGAAGCUGUGCCUCUUCCCGUCAUUUCGGAGGAGACGUUUUGGCGAAACUUUUUUGUGCGCUGUAACUCUAUUCGCGUAGCUGAAGGUUUGCCAUCUUAUUUGCCAGAGAUAAAGAGCUCGCCUAUCUCGAAUGGACCCUUCGCCAUGUUCAAGCGUGGAUUUUUUGGUAAAAAAAAGAAAACACUCGACUUUUGGUCUGUCGGUCGAAUCACUCUUUUGGAGAAUAAUAAUACGAUGAUAGUAAAAGAAGAAAAUCAGAGCGAUCUCGAGCUUGAUGUGGACGGCGAUAUUGAGAAAGAGUUGGUGAAGCGCCGUCCGUCUCGCGCAAUCGAGAUGCACCUGCAGCCGAUGCCGCCGUUUUACGCUGUUGAUGUGAAUAAUGCGGCUACAAUAAUAGCUGACAAGUCUGGUAAAACACUCGUCGAGAAAAUCAAGUCGAAGGAUCCUGAAAAUACUCCCGAUGCAAACAGCCCUAAUAAGUCCAAGGAACCAGAAGAGCAUGUGUAA